AUGCCCGAGUCACCUUUCCAGAAACCCCCCUCUGACUCCUCAAAUACCUCUCCUCAGUCCCGGCUCUCUCAGGUUUCUCUGCACAUUGCACCAAUGGCUGCCACCGCGUUUCAGGCCGAUGUCGUCCCCCAGGCGCCAGAAGACCCGCUGUUUGGGUUGAUGGCUGCGUUCCGCCGGGACACAGACCCGAAGAAAGUCGACCUGGGCAUUGGAGCUUACAGAGACGACAAUGCGAAGCCAUGGGUCUUGCCCGUGGUCAAGAUGGCCGACGACAGACUCCGCAAUGACCCCAACCUGAACCACGAGUAUCUGCCAAUCGCCGGUCUGGCAGACUUUACGGCGGCCUCGCAGAAGCUCAUCCUGGGAGGGGACAGCCCCGCCAUCAAGGAGAAGCGAGUCACCAGCUUGCAGACUAUCUCUGGCACCGGUGCUGUGCAUCUGGGUGCUCUGUUCCUCGCAAAGUUCUAUAAGCUGAACACGAAGCGCACCGUCUACUUCUCCAACCCCACAUGGCCGAACCACUUCCAGAUCUUCUCCAACGUCGGCCUCCCGAACCAGACAUACCCGUACUUCUCGAAGGAGACCCGCGGUCUUGACUUUGAGGGCAUGAUCAAUACCCUACAGAACGCAGACGAGGGGAGCAUCAUCGUGCUUCACGCCUGCGCGCACAACCCGACUGGUGUGGAUCCUACGCAGGAGCAGUGGAAGAAGAUCGCAGAGGUCGUCCGGGCGAAGAAGCACUUCCCCUUCUUCGACACCGCCUACCAGGGCUUCGCCUCGGGUGACCUGGCGCGAGAUGGCUGGGCAAUUCGCUACUUCCUCGAGCAAGACUUCGAGAUGUGCAUUGCUCAGUCCUACGCGAAGAACUUCGGGCUUUACGGCGAGCGCGCAGGCUGCUUCCACUUUGUCACCUCUCCAUCGCCCGAUGCGCAAUCGACCGUUACCCGCGUAGCCUCGCAGCUCUCCAUCCUCCAGCGCUCCGAGAUCUCGAACCCACCUGCCUACGGUGCGCGCAUUGCGUCGCUCGUCUUGAACGACCCUAAGCUCUUCGCACAGUGGGAGGAGGAUCUGAGGACAAUGUCUGGUCGCAUCAUCGAAAUGCGGAAGGCACUGCGUGGCAAGCUUGAGGAGCUGGGCACGCCCGGCACCUGGAACCACAUCACGGACCAGAUUGGCAUGUUCAGCUUUACGGGCCUGAGCGAGACCCAGGUCAUGAAGCUGCGCGAGGACUCGCACGUCUACAUGACCAAGAACGGCCGCAUCUCCAUGGCCGGCCUCAACACGCACAACAUCGAUUACUUCGCCAAGGCCGUGGACAAGGCCGUGAGGGAGACGCAGUAG